AAUGCGCUUUAAUCUCUCCUUAACGCCAAAAUGUGAUAAACUCCCUUAAUGAGAAAUCACGGGACUCUUUGCACUCGAUCAGUCACCCGGGAGAGUUGUUUUUCUAUGGAGAUCUUGCAGUUGUGUUUAGCAGCCGUGGGUCAAACCCACAUUGUGCAGCCUUGGGGCUGGAGGAGCUGAGGUCAGGGUUGGGCAAGUUUCCUCCCAAGAGAAAAGGAGGAGGGAUUGGCCCAAAGUAUUUAAGGCUCCGCUAGGCUGCCCAAAUCACUUGGAGAAAGAAAGGCCACCUGGACGCGUCUCUCCGUCUCCGUAGUACCUGGCUGUUUCUGCUACAGGCCCCAUUGUAUGCAAAACAGCUUAUAAAGCAGCAUAUGACUUCCCCGAGGCGCUCGGUGCGGUCCGUGAGGCAGCAGCAUGAGCCCAUAGAGGAAGCCGGCAGAUGCUCCGGGGAAGAAGGCAGCGAAGGAAGGACCUAUUUUGCAAGGUGUGAGGAACAAUGAAGUGGGAGAGCUUCUAUGCCAUCGUGAUUGGGGUGAACCGACACUCCACGGCCAUUGGGCGCAUCUGGUUCUCGGUGGUGUUCAUCUUCCGCAUCAUGGUGCUGGUGGUGGCCGCCGAGAGCGUCUGGGGCGAUGAGCAGUCCUCCUUCACCUGCAACACGCAGCAGCCCGGCUGCAAGAACGUCUGCUAUGACUACUACUUCCCCAUCUCCCACAUCCGCCUCUGGGCCCUGCAGCUCAUCCUGGUGACCACGCCGGCCUUGCUGGUGGCCAUGCAUGUGGCCUACCAGCAGCACCAGGAGAAGAAGCUCUUGGUCAUGACUGGCCACGGGGACGCCAAGCACUUGGAGGAGGUCAAGAAGCACAAGAUGCGGAUCUCGGGGGCACUGUGGUGGACCUACGUCUGCAGCGUGGUCUUCCGCAUCAUCUUCGAAGCCACCUUCAUGUACAUCUUCUACAUGAUCUACCCAGGCUACCAGAUGAUCCGCCUGGUCAAGUGCGACGUCUACCCUUGCCCCAACACUGUCGACUGCUUCAUCUCUCGACCCACCGAAAAGACCAUCUUCACCGUCUUCAUGCUGGCCACCUCCGGCAUCUGCAUCAUCCUCAACCUGGCCGAAGUGGUCUUCCUUCUUGUGCGGGCGUGUGCCCGGCGUGUACAAAAGCCCCACAACCCCACUUCAGGCAAGGGCUCCUUCCUGGGCCACAAGCUCUCCUCCGAAUACAAGCAGAAUGAAAUCAACCAGCUGCUGACGGAGCAAGAUGGCUCCCUCAAGGACAUUCUCCGGAGGAACUCGGGGCUCCAGGAGAAGAGCGACCGCUGCUCGGCCUGCUAAGGAAGUCCUGGGACACAAGAGGUGUUGCUUUGGCUGUAAUGUGUCACGCCCGAUAGGAGAACGGGUACCCCUUCCAUGAACUUCUGUGGCCCCCCGAACUGGCUGGGCCUGCCCUCCUGAGAUGCACCCCACUCACACACUUGGUCUCUGCCAGCUCCCCAAAGUCCCUUCUUCUGCCACCUUCCUGCUGUCACCUUCCAGGCUGCCAUAAGUCUCUGUGGACUUGGUGACCAUUGCUACGGUUGCCAGGACCUUUCUAGCAAAGGACCCCUGGUUGCACUUCAUCAGGGGACCCCUGGCCAAAGGCUGCUUGUCAGGAUAGGAUAGGCAUGGGAAUCCCCACCCCAUUCCAGCCUCGAUUCUGUGGUUCUGCAGAGCAGUCCUUGCAGGGUUAAGGCAAAACAGCUGCAGAACCAGGGGUCCCUUCUGCUCAUUUCCACAUGCCCAGAUCCCUUUUCCUCCGCCUUCCCCAUAUCUCACACUCACGGCUGUCCUAACAGUCCCAACCAAAAAUCAAUAGGGGAAAUGCAGCACCAGGCCCAAAUGUCAGGUCCAUCAUGGGCUCAUGAUAUAGUGUCAAAGGAAAUCAUGUCUCUGUGGGUUUGUUCUUGGGUUGACAUGGGGUCCAGAGGGACUCCUCUGGACACCUGACCAUCAGUGUGUUUUUAAACUGGCCCAAACCCCUUGGUUUCUUGCUCCUUGAGUUUUCUAUCCUGGGUCUACCUUGAGUUGGGGAGGGGGGACGUUUGAGUUAUAGACUAGUCAAUGCAAAAGAGUAACUUUCUGGAAAAAGCAUCGGUAGCAGGAUUCCUGUGCCUUGGGCAGGGACAAUAAGGAGAGGUUCAAAAGAUGCCGCUGGGCAAAUGGCUAAAGGAGUGGGAUGUCUCCCACCGGAAACAGGGCCAGGUCACUGGUCUCCAUUGGCCUGGUGCAAGGAGAGUGGCUGGGCUGCUGUUCCCAACCGCUGUGCAUCACACUGUAUACCAAAGCAGUCACAGUAUUAAAAGGGUUUUACAUUA